UCCCCAAAACUCCUCCGCGGAGUUUUUUCCGUGGACCAUCAUGGCGCUACACUCUGAACACUUCGCUGUAUACGUGGCGCUUUAUUUUGUUUCCUUGGUGUUUUUUAGAUGUAACGUGGGAGCGUCGGGGAGUGUUUUUAAUCAUCUGCAGCCGUAUGAUUUUCUGUAUUACAGCGGGGUGCGUGCGUACUACGGAGAGGAGUGGGGAAAAGCUGCAGAGCUGCUGGAGAAAUCCAUCGCUACCAAAGAAUCACUGCUGAGAGUCCGCAGGCUGUGUCACGAUGAAUGUGUGGCAGCUGGCGCGGACGCUUCAGGGAAGCUGGACUCAGAGGAGGGAAAUAUGUGGGAUCUCUGGGUCUUGGAUUGGAUUCAGAAGAAAGCUGAGUGUUUGAGGUUCUGCAUGGGACGGUUUGUCAGUCCCACAGGACUGCUCCCUGUCUCUACUGACAUAGACUAUGAGUUUGACACUCGCAAUCCCUACAACUUUCUACAAGUCACAUACUACAAGCUGGAGAAGGUGCAGAAAGCAGCAUCAGCAGCUCACACCUACUUUGUGGCCAACCCCAGUCACCUGGAGAUGAGGAACAACAUUGAGAAGUACAGGCGGAUGGAGGGGGUGACUGAGGGUGAUUUCCAGGAUAGAGAGAUCGAGAAAGAGAAACACUGGGUACUUUAUGAUGCUGCACUUCAGCACGAAGCCUCCUCUGAGUGGCUGCAGGCUGCAGAAAAAUGGAGAGCUUGCUUGAAUGAAACCCUGCAACAGACAGAGGAGUGCAGGGUGCAGUGUGACGUUGCCCCUCAGCCUCUGCCUGAAGACAGAGGAGUUGACAGUGUGGAUGGAGUCUUUGAAAAAGCUGCAGCCCUCUCACUCUCCUUGCUCUCCUGCCGGCAGUCCUGUGUUACUCAAGUAGCCACAAAACCUGGAAGGAUUUCUGCUCAAGAAGAUUUUCUGCCGACACAGCUGGAGCAUCUACACAUUGCACAAUUUAAAGCUGGGGACAUAACUGGGGCAGUGGAGUCACUUCGCUCUUUUCUUCUGUUUUACCCAUCUGAUGAGGAUUCCUUAGAUAAUCUGCAGCUUUAUUAUGAGACUCUAGGGGGAGAUGUAGAGACACAGUUGAUACAGCCCUCUCAGGUGAUUUCCACAUAUGUCAGCCGCUCCUUGGAGGAAAAGAAGCUGCUGUAUUUUGGUGUAGAAAAUCUUGGCUUCAGUUUUGUUGAUCCAGACCUUUGGACUCCUGAAGAUGUUGUACCUGAAUCCCAGCAAGAACACUGGAGAUCAGAAAAAGAAAAGAUAAAUGAGAGGAUUAAAGAAGGAGAGCAGAAGGAGGAAGUGGAUGACAGUGGUUUUUAUGCAGGGGGCCCAGUUCCUCAGGUGGGCGUGACCAUUACCAUGGAUGACGAGGCUCUGAAUGGAACCAACCGAGUUGUUCUUGAUGGAGUCAUGACUGAGAGAGAGUGUGACAGAAUACUGCAGUUGGCAACUGUGGCAGCAUCUCUUGGGGAUGGUUACCAGGGACGACGGUCUCCACACACACCUCAUGAAACAUUUGAAGGUCUUACUGUCCUCAGGGCUGCAAAGCUGGCUCAGGAUGGCCUAGUGAACCAAUCAGAUGCCAGGCUGCUUCACGAGCUGGGAGAAAGAGUCAGAGGGCUUCUGCACUCCUACUUCAGAAGCCCUCCUGGACUAUUUAUCUCUUUUACACAUCUAGUGUGCCGCAGUGCUAUAGCAGGUGACCAGGAGGGCAGGUUAGAUCUGUCUCACCCUGUCCAUGUUGACAACUGUCUUCUUGAGCCAGAAACAAAUCAGUGCUGGAAAGAACCGCCUGCUUUCAUACACAGAGACCUCAGUGCAAUUCUCUACCUAAACAAUGACUUCACUGGUGGAGAGCUGUUCUUCACUAAAAGAGAUGCCAAGACAGUUACAGCUCAAGUGAAGCCCACCUGUGGCCGAUUGGUGGGCUUCUCUUCGGGUCCAGUGAAUCCCCACGGUGUGGCUGCUGUGACCGGGGGCCGGCGGUGUGCUCUGGCCCUGUGGUUCACGAAGGAGAAGCUGUACAGGGACAUGGAGCGGGAGGAGGCAGAGGCCUUGUGGGCAGCAGAUGGACAGAGUGUGGUGAAAAAGGACGAAGAGGAGACAGAGAGAAAUGCAAACCCUGGUCGAAACGCUCGGAACCAUGCGCCUAAGGAAAGAGGCAGAGGCAGAGAAAGGGUGACAGGGGGCAAAGACGAGCUGUGAGGGCCAAAAUAUAGGCUCAAACUGGAAUUUAUUUUGACUUACAUCUGUUGUUAUUUUGAAAAUCUGUUUGUCAUACUUUUUAUUUACAAAUUUACUGUCUUUUGACUUGUGUUCAACGUGUAAAUACUUAAUUUAUGCUGGACAUGAUGAGGUUAAUAAAAGAAGGAAACAGUGUUUUA